AUGCCGAGCAGUCGCAACGAUUCUCGUGUGCAGCACGUGCCCCAGGUCAAUGUUCUGAUUGUGCGCAUGCGUUCCACGUUGGAGCGAAGAGCGCGCAUGACCAGAGUGUCACGCAUGCCCGCGCGCACGCACUCCCUUGGGAAUGUCUGCCUUGUUUUCGAUUUCUCUGGGAGCCUCUGGGGCCCUCCGAGGGUUCACCGAGGCAAAGUCAGGGGGCCGCUGACGCUUCUGGAGGUGUCCGUUGGGGCCCCCCUUCGUGCUCAAGCCCAGAUGGAUCGAAAGUGCGCUUGGAUCUGGUUCGCCUCCGUUCUCUCCUCGCUGGGUGCGUUCCUCUUCGGGCUCGACAUCGGCUACAUUGCCCCGAUCCUGGAGUGCGCCUCCUUCAAGCGGGAUGUGGCGCAUCUCAGGGACUGGGGCGACCCCGGAUCUGCCAUCUCCAGCAGCGAGGCGGCCUCACAUCGCUGUACCAGCUGA